GUGACAACAUUGUUGUUUGAUAAAAUUGCGGCUUUUCAUGUUGUACAAUAUGAUUUUAUUUUACCUUGGUAUUUUUAAAGUAAGUAAUUGAUUUACUUGUGAAUGUCUACAAUCGUUCUAUUCUAUAAUAUUACUUAGAUGAAGAUGAAUGCGACAAGUCUAUAUGUGUCCACGUGCCGACUUAUAGUAUUGGCGGACGCGACGGACAAAUCCUCUUGGACGGAUCUUUUUCGUUUGGUUCCUUAUUUACGCCAAUCUUUAUCCUGCACUGUUUGCGGUAAUCUACUCAAAGAACCCUACACACCAACUAGUUCAGGAUGCCAGCAUCAUGUUUGUAAAAAGUGUAAAGGUGGAAGAAAGAAACUUAAACCAUCUUGCAGUUGGUGCAAAGACUACGAUAAUUACGCUGAAAAUUUACAGUUACGUAUAUUAUUACAAUGUUAUAAGAAACUUUGUGAAUAUUUUAUGGACACUGAUGUGUAUAAGACAUUAUUAGAUGAAGAUGAAAUAGCUGCAGGUGUAAAUGGGGGCACAGUCGCAAGUUCUGGCUUAAUAGAUCUCAUACAAGAAGGUGCAGGAUUUACAGAUGAUUAUAAGAGCACUGCAGGCCUCUCCAAGUCUGCUUACAGUAUCUUGCCAUGUGUUUAUACUAAUUCAGCAUCAACUCAGACACAAGCAGCAUCCUCAUCAAGUAAUACUGAAACUAGAUCAUCAAGUAAAGAUUCUCCAAACUCUAGAGCAAUCUCUAAUGGAUCUCCUAUGUAUUCUGUAAUGUAUGCAGGCUCUGGUAAUAAGAUUACAAUAAAAAGGAAAGCAGUUGACGAUAAUGAAUCAUCAUCAUCCCAAAAUGACCCACCUCCAAAAGAAAGCAAAUCACAUCAACUGGGUUUCAAGAAGCCUUCAAACCGGUCUCGAAACUCAGCGAGCAGUAAACGCAAAGGCUGCAGAUGUGGCAACGCAACCGCCACCCCGGGCAAGCUGACCUGCUGUGGCCAGAGGUGUCCUUGUUACGUGGAGAGCAAACCCUGCACAGAAUGCAAGUGCAAAGGUUGUAGGAAUCCCCACCGACCAGAUGGAAUGAAGGUGCGGCCACACAUCCUUCAGUUGGAUAACUUGCAGUUGACAUUGAACACCAAUCCCGACAGCUCGCCGUCUUGCUCAGGCUCCAUGGACAGUCUGGACACUGACACCCUGACAAUGGAGGCUAUGGAGGAGUCCCUCAACUUCAGCUCUGAUCUCAAAUCUUCUAAUAUUAAAGUAUAUUCCAGUCAAUUACAAGAAAUAUCUGCUUCUCUGCCUGCUACUAUCAUGAUGGAUGAGGACUUGCCGGGGUCCCCUGACGACGACAUGAGUUCCCCACACGACUACACAUUGUCUCCGAGAGACCUGCAGGACCCUGAUCUUGGCUCACCUCAGUCCGAAGGCACCCAUGAUGUCAAUAGCGACAUCGAAGUCGAUGUAUGACACCCACUGUCCAUUGCGAGUGACUAGGACCUCUUUAGUGUCAUUUUCUUGACAUCAGUUUUAGAAAAUGCACUGAAGGCCAUGAGGGAGAUGUCUGUCCUCGCAAUCAUCUUGCUAGUCACAUUUAUGUCGAACUAUUUUAUGAAUAUGAAAUAAGUGUUUAGUGUAUUACAUAGUUUAGUUAAGUGUCAGUGAAAUUGAGAUAAGAUGGGUCCCAGAAAUUGAAACGUGAAAUCCGUGGUGUAUGUACGUACCUAUGUGUAUUUAUGUGUCGAAUCUUUGUUGUAAAUAUGUAUUGCUUGUUGUUUAUAGUAAUUUUGUUAUGAUACACAUUUCUUAAAUAUUUUAAACUCUACUGUGAAUGCCAAGAGUUGCAAAUCUACCAUUUUCAUACUGUCUGUUCUAUUCAGCUACUAGUGCCAUAGUUAACAUUCAAUGUAAGUUUACAUAAAAACCAUGAAAUCAAAGAAAUUCUUAAUUUUAUCAUACUAAGAAUUUAACAGCUUCGUCUAUUCAUGUUGAUUAAAAAUUUACCGAAAACUUACUGUAAAAAAUCCAAACAAGUUUGAAAUUUUUAAUUUGAUGUAACAUACAAUAUGAGGCACUAGUGUCACAAAAUAAAAAUCAAAACUAAGAAAAUAAUUGCUACAUAGUAUGCGAUAGUAAAGUGCGAUAGAUAGUAAAUAAGUUUGUUUGUUUUGACUUCGUCACGCAUUAUAUAUUGAAUCGAACUUCUUGAAAUUUCGCUAUAAUCAAGAGUCUGGAGAAGGAUACU